AGACCUGCGUGGAGAUGGGAGUUACAUCACGUAGCCGGCUCACUACUUCCUCCAUACAGUAGGUACUAUCUGAGGCUCUAAAAAGACUCCAAAAAACCUCUCUGGAUCAUUUCUUUGUAGUCGAUUCAAAUAACGACACACUCCUUAAACAAGUCAAGAUGUCUUCUUACGAGGAGAAUGAGUCUAAGUUCAUGCGAAAAGCAAAGGAGAAUCCAUUUGUCCCAUUGGGAAUGGCUGGAUUCUUUGCCAUUGUGGGGUACAGACUGAUGAAAAUGAAAAGUCGGGGAGACACAAAAAUGUCAGUUCACCUGAUCCACAUGCGUGUAGCUGCCCAAGGCUUUGUGGUCGGCGCCAUGACUGUUGGGGUUCUGUAUUCAAUGUACAGAGACUACAUUGUAAAACCCAGAGAAGAACAGAAAGCAUUGGAAAAAAAGUGAACAUGGACUCUUACACUGACAUUUUAUGUCCCUUAAUAUUACCUCAUAUUAAGGUGUGUAGAACAUUUAUAUUUACAGAUGUGUCAUCAUUUUUGUAUGCACACGCCCUUUCAGCAGCUCACUCACCUCUACUGUAAAUAGGUAUAACUUAUUGAGUACACUUCCUAUCCUCUAAGUAAUAUACCAGAGGGUCAAGCUGUCACUUUUGUAUUGAGAAGGAGGUGUAUUGAUCUCAAUCUUUUAACACUGAUUACGCUCCGUGUGUUUGCUGCUGUAAACCCAGCUGGUUUUAUAUAUGUGUGGACAGGUGACAUGACCAAUUUUUGUUGCCUCCUAUUUGAAUGGUGUGUGAGUGAAAUAGCAAAAACUAGAACAUGUAGCAAAUCAUUUGAAAACAGUUUGACUAGGCUAAGCCUAGAUUUAAACAAGCUUUUUUUUCUUCUUGUGUUUAAUUUAUUGCCUCAUACCAGAUAUAUUAUUUUAUGUAUUAAUGUAGGGAUUUUUGCCAAAUGGAAAAUGCUAACACCCUAGCCCACUUAAAAACAGGCAUCCAGUGCAUUAGGGAUAUGUUAUGGAAGGCUUUGGUCUACAAGCAAGGCCUGUACCUUCACAUUAUUUUAACAACAAGGACACAAAUGGUUUGUGACUCACCACAGUAUCAGAUUAUCACACAAAACAAAUAUAUAAAGUGAUCACAUGGAAAUUAGAAAGGGAGCAAAAACCAUGAGACAAAACCAUAAAGGUGUCUUGUACAGAUAAAAUGUGUGAUUUACAAAGGCUAAGUCUUUUUCCAUAUUUAUAUCAUUACUUUGUGAUACACAGGGGUCCAAUAUUUAAUUACAGAAGCUCCACAAGUCUUCAUGAGACAUAUGUGGUAAACUAACUGAGGUACACCUACAGACCGUGCAGUAACCUAUAAAAUAUCAUCAUAUAGCCUACCUUUUGAUAUGCUUCAAUACAUGCCUUGUUAAGUUAUUCACAAAGUUGAGGUUUGAAUGUUGUGUGCAAAUACAGAACAUGUUAAUUUUUUGUAAAUUUCUUAAUUUUUUUUCUGGAAAUAAAAAUUACCUUGAAAUUGAAUGAA